UUGAUCCCGCAAAAAGCGGUGAAGCUUCUCAUAGAGAUCACUAACGAGGAGAAAGCUGCUGCAGAAGUGGUCAUGAGCAACUAUGCUAAGUACAAGAGUGAGGAAGAGUUUUUGGAAGCGUUGAAAGAAAAAUCGCUUAGCCUGCACAAAAAAUUGAGCAAAUUUCAAGCUUUCAUCAAAAGUAAAAUCGAUUCGCUACAGGAUGAAGCAAAGAGAUUUGUGGAGGCAAUGCUAGCAGAUCUUAGUGCACUAACUACACAAAUUCUUGCUGGAGGAAAGUUACCGCUUGAAGGAAUCAAAAAGACAGCCAAAGGGCAUGUAUCCGAAUUUGAGAAACUUUCUGACACUGCUAAGGAAGAUCUCAAGAAGAAAUUACCUAAACUCACGUCCUAUUUUACGGGUAAUCCUUCCUUGUUCUUCUGUUUCAAGUUUUUCUAUACCUUUCCAAUGUAA